AUGCCGUUCAGCAACACCCACAACAAGUACAAGCUGAAGUUCUCAGCCGAGGAGGAGUUCCCCGACCUCUCCAAACACAACAACCACAUGGCCAAGGUUCUCACCCCCGCGCUCUACCAGCGCCUGCGCGACAAAGAGACUCCCAGCGGCUUCACCCUCGACGAUGUCAUCCAGACCGGCGUCGACAACCCCGGCCACCCUUUCAUCAUGACCGUGGGCUGCGUGGCAGGGGACGAGGAGUCCUACGAGGUCUUCAAGGACCUCUUUGACCCAGUGAUCCAGGACCGGCACGGCGGCUACAAACCCACCGACAAGCACCGCACCGACCUCAACCAUGAGAACCUCAAGGUCUGGGGGGGCGGGGACAGGGGAGUGGUCUCCAGGGCCAAGGGAAGGGAGGGAAACACACCUGGAUCUUCUUUGGGCACAAAAAUGGGACAUGAGUUUCAGCUGGGGCGGGUGGGGGGAGAAGACCUGGACCCCAAGUACGUGCUGAGCAGCCGGGUGCGCACCGGGCGCAGCAUCAAGGGCUACUCGCUGCCCCCCCACUGCAGCCGCGGCGAGCGCCGGGCGAUCGAGAAGCUGUCGGUGACCGCCCUGAACAGCUUGGAGGGGGAGUUCAAGGGCAAGUACUACCCACUGAAAGCCAUGACGGAGCAGGAGCAGCAGCAGCUCAUCGAUGACCAUUUCCUCUUUGACAAACCUGUCUCCCCACUGCUGCUGGCCUCAGGCAUGGCCCGGGACUGGCCUGACGCCCGUGGCAUCUGGCACAAUGACAACAAGACCUUCCUGGUGUGGGUGAAUGAGGAGGAUCACCUCCGUGUCAUCUCCAUGGAGAAGGGGGGGAACAUGAAGGAGGUGUUCAGGCGUUUCUGCGUCGGGCUCAAGAAGAUCGAGGAGAUCUUCAAGAAGGCUGGUCACCCCUUCAUGUGGACAGAGCACCUGGGCUACAUCCUGACCUGCCCCUCCAACCUGGGCACGGGGCUGCGGGGGGGUGUCCACGUCCGCCUGCCCAAGCUCAGCCAGCACCCCAAGUUCGAAGAGAUCCUCACGCGCCUGCGCCUCCAGAAGCGUGGCACAGGUGGGGUGGACACAGCGGCCGUAGGCGCCGUCUUUGACAUCUCCAACGCCGACCGCCUGGGCUUCUCGGAGGUGGAGCAGGUGCAGAUGGUGGUGGACGGGGUGAAGCUGAUGGUGGAGAUGGAGAAGAAGCUGGAGCAGAACCAAUCCAUCGACAGCAUGAUCCCUGCCCAGAAAUGA